ACGAGGUUGGUCUAUCAGGGACUGGCUAUGAACAAUUACUUGGCAUAAUGACCCGUUAUUAAGCAAAAUGACUUUCAUAAAAUAUGCUGUUUUUGUCCUCAUUUUUGCGUGUGCAGUGAUGUUUAUUCGCAAGCAAACGGCGCCAAAACUUGAAUUUCAUGUUGGAGGAUCUGUUGAGCCAGGCUUUGAAGCUGUCGACGAUGCUUUUAGGGAACUGAUCAAAAAUGGCAUGUACGGUGGUGCCUUCACAGCUUAUUACCGGGGGAAGCCUGUGGUUGAUUUAUGGGGCGGUUAUGCAGACGUGGAUAGCAAACAACGCUGGGAGAAGGACACCAUCUCCAUGGCUUUCUCAACGACGAAGGGGCUGGCUGCUCUCUGCAUUGGAGUCUUGGUCACAAGAGGUCAUGUGAAGUAUGACGAUCCCGUGGCAUCCUUCUGGCCAGAGUUUGCUGCCAAUGGGAAGGAGAGUAUCACUUUGAGGACUCUUAUGAAUCAUGAGGCUGGGCUGAUUGGUCUUGAUGAGCCGCUGAGUCUAGAGGAUUUGUUGACAGAUUCACCGAAAGUUAGUCAAUACUUGGCCAAGCAGAAACCUUUCUGGGAGCCUGGCUCUGGACAUGGGUACCACGCCAUAUCUAUCGGACCCUAUGUAGACCAAGUAGUCAGAAGGGUGGACCCAAAAAAGCGAAAUGUGACACAGUUUUUUGAGGAUGAAAUUGCAAAGCCGCUUGGAGUCGAUUUCUCAUUACACCUGAAGCCGUCUGAGCGUUACCGAGAUUCACGGCUCGUUGAGCAGCCUGGUUUUUAUGGUUUGCUUGAUACGAUAUGGUGUGCCUUCGAGACGUGGGACUUCCAGAUGGUGCAAUGUUUUUAUGAAAUGGUCAGCAAUCCUGCUAGUUUGAUAGCGAAGGCAAUAGGAAUGAUUGACAUGCCCGAGUCAUACAACCACAUUGAUAAAAAGAUAGUUGAGAUUAGCUCUGUUACUGGGCACGGAACUGCAAGAGCACUUGCCAAAAUCUAUGGCAUGAUAACGAUGGAUGGCGGGAUGGUCAACGGCAAACCAUUGAUAAGUGACAGCGUCCUUUUAGAAUUUAUGCAGGUGCCAGAUGAGAUUACCAAGGACAAAGUUGUGUUGUUACCGAUAUCUUAUUCAGGAGGCAUGUCACACCUUCCAACUCCAGCAGGCGACUGGAUGUUUGGUACGCCGGGAUUCGGAGGGCAAAUGGGACAUGGUGACCCGAAGAAACAAAUUGGGCUGGGGUUUCUGACAAAUCAUCUAAGGACGUAUAUUGUUGUAUCAGAUCCAAGAACACAAAGCUUAUUUAAAGCUGUUUAUUCUUCCGUUAAAAAGAUGGAAGAAACCAAAAAAUGAUCUCCUGUCCAGCCCAUGAUUUGAGUUCUAAGUGUGGAUGUGUACUUUAUUACUUCCGUUUAUCAUGAUUGUUGUGACUUGCAUGGUGUUUUAUAGAUUUAUUCAAUUAUUAGAAUCUUAUCACUAUUUGAUUAAUCCUGUGGAUCAUACCUUUAGAUCUAAGAAUGAUAUGUCCAUGUAUUAUGUUAUCCAUGCGUAUGAAUAGCCCAGGCAGGGAUGACAUCUUCUAUUGUAUAGACAUGUUCUCGGGUAUAUUGACAGGUGUUUUAUCAAUGCAAGGAGCCAUCUCUGCAGAGAUAAGUUGUUGGGUUGGAGAGAAUGGUUCUGAAUUUGGAAGUGGUGGUCGACAAAAGUUGACGUCAGACUAAGAUUGCAAAUACCUAGCUCCGUAGGGGUUAGAGGACCCGAAGCAGAUCUUCCAGCCAUUGUUUUGUUAAGAGUCAUUUUAGCCCGGUUGAUCGCCCUUUAGGGCAAGCACAAUCAUUACACAUCAUGUAUAUUGUCUUGUAGAAAUAAAAUAGCUCUAUU